AUGACGCGCUUCUUCUGCUGCGGCAGCUACUUCCCCGGCUACCCCUGCUACGGCACCAACUUCCACCGGACCUACCGGGCCACCCCCCUGAACUGCGUGGUGCCCCUGGGCUCCCCCCUCAACUACGGGCACGGCUGCACCGGCUACGGCUCCCUGGGCUACAGCUUCGGCGGCAGCAACUUCGGGAACCUGGGCUGCGGCUACGGCGGCAGCUGCUGGCGGCCCUGGGGCUCCGGCUCCGGCUUCGGCUACAGCACCUACUGA